CUCCAUUUUCAGCGGCCAAUCAUUGCCGAUCGAGCCAACAGCCCGCUGGGGACGGACGAGGUCACGCCGAGAUGAAGGUGGACACCCCCGAGAUCCGAUGGCACUGCGGCCCGACGGGGCUCAACGAGGCCGUGCUCACGAUCGACUUCUUGCGCAAGGCGGCCACGCUGACGCCGGCGACGUCGCCCGAUGCGCUCCCGACCACAGCUCUCGGUGACGCGCCGACGAUCGUGGCCGAGAACGUGUCGAGCGUCGUCUUCCCAGCGGUGUUCCAGUCGCAGGUCUUUGCAACGGGCGGCGCGGACAAAGAAAUCAAGCUCUGGGUCUUCAACGCGCAGCACCUUACGUACGUCCACGGCCUCUCGGGCCACGACCGCAGCGUCAACUGCGUUCGCUUCUCGCCCAACGGCGAGUUCCUCGCGUCGGCCAGCGACGACUCUACGAUUGUGCUCUGGAUGCGGCCGAAACAUGUGGACGCUGCGUCGUGGAGUUGGCAGACCAUCUCGAGCAAUAGCGACGUGACGCGUGUCCUCCUCGCGUGCGGCCACAAGGGCGACAUCACCGACCUCUCGUGGUCGCCCGACUCGCAGUACUUGUCGUCGGUUUCCAUUGACAAUACGUGCGCAAUCUGGCACGUUGCAAGCGGCAACCUCGUCGAGAAGCGCAAGGACCACACGCAGUACGUGCAAGGCGUCGCAUGGGACCCACUCAGCGAGUUCCUCAUCACAGAAGGCAACGACCGGUCGUGUCGCGUCUACGCAUUGAGCGGGUACGGCGUCGAGGCCAAGAAGAAGAAGAAGGUCCAGAUGCUCCAUACGCUCCGCGCGCGCGAGCUCGAGGCCGAAGCGAUCGAAGGCGAGAAGACGCCGAAACAUGCCAUGUUUCACGACGACACCUUCCCGGCCUUCUCGCGCCGGCUCACGUGGACCCCGGAUGGGAGCUACUGCUUGGUGCCCACAGGUCUCUUCAAGCCGACGUCGACGACGGUCGAUGCGACCCACACGGUGUACGCGUACGCCCGCGGCAACCUGCUGCAGCCUGCGUUCCAUCUGCCGGGCCACGCCAAGGGCGCGCUUAGCGUCCGUUGCAGUCCGAUCCUGUAUGCGCUGACGACGAGUGUCACUGAGAACCUCUUCCGUCUCCCGUACCGCUUUGUGUUUGCCGUCGCGACGCUCGACGCCGUCGCUAUUUAUGACUCCCAACUCCUGCACCCGAUCGCGGUCAUUGACCGGCUGCACUACGCCGACCUCACCGACAUGAGCUGGUCGCAGAACGGUCAAAUGCUCUGCCUCUCGUCGCUCGACGGGUACAUUUCGUUCAUUACAUUUGACGACGCGGAGCUCGGGCAAAAGCUGCCAGCAACCGAGUUAGCCCAGCUGCUCCACGAUCGGCAGGCGCUCAUGCAUACGCAGCAGCCGACGCCGGCCAAGAAGCGCGGCCCCAAAGCGGCCACCGAAGCCGACAAGAGCCCUGCGACGGGCAAGAAGCGCAAGCCUCAAGAGGCGGAGAAGAGCCCGAGUGGUGUCGGGAAGAAGCGCGCCGCCAAGCCCGCCGAGACAGACAAGACGGGCGGCGCCAAGAGCCCGCUUCUCGGGCCCAAGAAGCCUGUCAACUCUAUUCUGCAGUUUACCAAGGUGGUUGCGCCCGACUCGGGGUUCCAGCAGCCGGCGCUCGGGCCCCUCAUGGACUUGGUAUCGACCGCCGACCCCGGCGCGCCAGUGCCUGCUGCGACGCACAACGUGCAAGUGCGAAAGAAGCGCAAGAUCACGCCGGUCCUCGUGACAGCUCCUGCGACACGAAGCGAGGAGCCCGUGGACUUGACGGGCUCGGACGGCGAGCGUACACAUAGCGAGAGUACGGCGUAGGAGUCCAUCACAUGCAUGCAACUAUCGUCGUCGAUUGUGUUACGCACCUAAUAUGCACCCUUCAUGCUCGGGAGCUCGAAUGCUUUCGCCGUCUU